AUGGCCAAUUACGAUCGACCGGGCAUAGUGUCUGAAAGCCAGAAAAACGUCAUUCUGGCAUGGUGGAAGAAGGUCACUGCAGCCAAUCCCAAAGCUGAGAAUUUUCAACGGCUCAGAGUUCCUGUUGUUGAAAAAGGCGUUUUCGGCAUACCUCUAGUUGAAUCGAUUAAAUAUGCUUACUCAACAAUUUCAUAUAUGGACGACGAAACCCACGAACAAUGCUAUGGGGUUAUACCGACCAUCGUAGCCAAGUGUGGCUCAUUUCUUAAGGAAGAAGGAUUAUAUGUGGAGGGUAUUUUUCGGCUUUCAGGUAGUGCCAAGCGAAUAGCGAUGUUGCAGACAUUUUUCGACACUCCUCCACAUUACGGCUCUCAGCUUGACUGGCGUGGUUACACUGUUCAUGAUGCUGCCAAUGUUAUGAGGCGUUUCUUAAAUUAUCUCCCCGACCCGGUCAUACCACGUCAGUUCUAUCACACUUUUAGAGAGCUCAUUGAUGACCAAUCGCUACCGAAUGACGACGCAUUGAUUGAAGCGUUUCAACGAAUGAUUGAACGGUUGCCUUUACCCAAUCAGUUUCUUCUGUUGUAUAUUUUGGACAUGCUUAGCUUGUUCGCUUUAAAUUGCAAGUCCCAUCGGAUGGAUGCUUCGAAUUUAGCCGCCGUCUUUGCACCGGGUAUACUGUCACAUCCAGAUGACCAAAUGAGCCCUGCACAGUACCGAAGAUCGCAGCGAGUGUUAGAGUUCCUCAUUGACCAUCAAGGCAGUUUGACCAUGCCUCCAGCUUGCGUGCUUGACAAUCAGUUCAUACCAAAUGCUAGCCGCUUGUUUACACCUCCUCCAAAAUCUUCUACUCCCACUAUACCACCUGUUACCUCCACUACUCCCACACCAGAAGCUGCCAAUUUACCUCUGUCCCCUAUUGAGACAUUGGACUUGUUGGUCGGCCCAUUACCUUCAUCGCAACGACCCACCACCAUUGCCGCUGAGUCACCACAUCGACCUACCCGAUCCAAUACUAUGUUUGAGCCAACACACUUCAAGGAUACCGAUUUGAGCAACUUUGAAUUGGACAUCCCAGUUCGACCUAGUCCAUUGAAACGAUCACUCACUUUACCCAGCAAACGACAAAAGUAUGGCGAAAAUGAACCUACCCAAGUGGUUCAUGUCGGACGAAAUGGUAGUCAGGCGUCGAAGCGAUCUGGUUGGAAGCAUAUUAAAAGAGUAUCCUCCGAGCGAAGAAUUAAUGAUGGCACAUCACCUGAACCCCUCUCACCGACCACUCCACCAUUGCCACAACCAUCUGCAUCGAAAUCAGAAGACAGUACGACUCAUAUCGCACCACCACCACCGCCCGCUCAGAAAUUUUUAUGGGAUGUGUCCCUUGACGAAGAAGAGGAAGACGAUCAAAAACUGUCCCAGAAUGUGUCCAAUCCACCUGCUUCUAGUCAAGAGAGCCUACCUCGUACCUCAGUGGACAGCACACCGGAUCCCCCGACGGAUUCGUCCAGUCCUCGAUCUACAAACGGAGUCAAGCUUCUGUAUCAGAAAAUGAGUCAUAGAGACUCGGUAUCCGAACACAGCGACAGUGCAGAAAAACAACCGGUUCAGAUGGCAUCACCGGAAGGUAGUGGUGAAGGUGGUGUUGGCUUCAGAGCGGCGAUGCGUCGUAACACGAUUGGAAAAUUGUUUGGCAAACACCCAGUGCGAAGAUUGUCGGAAGGCGAGGAAUUAGAAAAAGGUCCUAGCCCAUGA